CACUAUCGCCUCUCUACCGCCUCCUCCUGGCGCACACGAGCCUCAGCUCCUGCCUCCCCUCGGCCAACUUAACGACGAUCGCCGGUCAGUGGUGACCGAUGCGGGCUGAAGGAGAGCUGGCUCCGGAGGACUCUUCCCGUGCACCGUGAGCGAGGACUGAGCGCGUGCACAGCGCAGCCCCAUCCCCUGACUCAGGCGGUGACAUUGACUCACAGUCGUGUGGCGCUGCCGUGCACGAGUGCAUGUGUGUGCACUAGCGUGUCCCACAGCUCCAGCCACGAUGAGCGAAUACUUCAGCCUGUCGGACUGCGAUGUGAUCGGCUUCGACCUGGACCACACGCUCUGCCGCUACCAUCUGAAGGAGACCUCCAGGCUCAUCUAUGAGAGCUUUGCCAGGUAUCUGGUGGAGCAUAAAGGCUACGACAAGGACCUGCUGAACCUAACCCCUGCUACAUGGGACUUCUGUUUCAAAGGACUAGUGGUGGAUCUGGAGGAUGGAAACCUUGUGAAGUUGGCUGAAGAUGGAACUGUGUUGCGAGCGACACAUGGAACCAAUGACCUCAGCAUAGAAGAGAUCAUCAAACAUUAUGGUCCUAAAAGGGAGUGGAAGCACUUUAACAGCCUCAAUACCUCCUUCACCAGAUCUGCGAAGUACUAUUUCUAUGACAACUACUUUGAUCUACCUGGGGCUCUUCUCUGUGGAAGAGUUGUGGAUAUGCUACACAAGCGAGGAAAUGAGGUGAAUUCCGACUUCUGGAAGGACAUGGUUGCUGCCAUUGACCACAAUUACAACACCUCUGCAUUCAAAGAGGACGCAGGGACUUACUUCCCCAGUGUGAAGAGGGACCCAGGCCGAUACCUGCAGCCCUGCUCUGACUCUGUCAAGACCUGGCUGCACAGCAUGAAAAAAGCCGGGAAGGUCCUCCUCCUCAUCACCAGCUCUCACAGCGACUACUGCAGGCUCAUCUGUGAACACAUCCUGGGGAAGGAUUUCGAGGAGCUGUUUGAUGUCAUCAUCACAAAUGCACUGAAGCCCGGUUUCUUCUCCUUGGUGCCCCAGCAGAGGCCCUUCAGGACCCUGAUGAACGACGUGGAGGAGAAAGAGGGUCUACCUUUGCUGGACAAGCCAGGGUGGUACUCCCAGGGCAACUGGCCCCACCUCCACGAGUUGCUGAAAACCAUGACGGGGAAACCAGAGCCCAAGGUAGUCUAUUUUGGAGAUAGCAUGAGAUCAGACAUGUUCCCUGCCAGCAGCUUCGGGAAGUGGGAAACAGUGAUGAUAGUGGAGGAAAUGGAGGGGGAGGGUAUCCCGAAGAGCGAAGCAGCAAUGUGUAAUGAGGCCCAAGUGGAGCCGCUGGAGAAAAAGGGAAAGUUUGAGGAGCAAGGCAUGAAGUCACCCUCUGCCAUGUCCAACCAGUGGGGCUCAUACUUUGUCGACGCACACAGAAGUGGAGGAGGGGACGAGGAGAGCCAGAAACUGACCUGGUGCUGCCACUGCAUUCACAAAUACAGCACCAUGGCCAUUCCUAGUGUUGAGCACAUAGCAGAUCUCCCUCUGGAUUACAAGUUCCCCAGGUUUUCUCCUGACAAGCCCUGCACCACCGGCUACUACCCCAGGCCCCCGGAUUCCUUGCUGAAGAGGUGCGAGAGUCUGUCAUAAAAAAAAAAA